CUGCAUUACGGGAGCCUCCUGGGCAGCAGAGCUUGUGCCCAGAUGGCAGCAGCUGCCUGGGGCAGUGGCUUUCUCAAUGCUGUCCUGCACACGGCCAACACAUUUUCCCUGCCCCUCUGCCAAGGCAAUGCUGUGGACCAAUUCUUCUGUGAAGUCCCUCACAUCCUCAAGCUCUCCUGCUCAGAUGCCUACCUCCGGGAAGUUUGGGCACUUGUGUUUAGUUUUUCUUUGGGGUUUGGUUGUUUUGUUUUCAUUGCUCUUUCCUAUGUGCAGGUCUUCAGGGCAGUGCUGAGAAUACCCUCUGAGCAGGGCCGGCACAAAGCCUUUUCCAUGUGCCUCCCUCACCUGGCUGUGGUCUCCCUGUUUGUCAGCACUGCUGUGUUUGCCUACUUGAAGCCCAACUCAAUCUCUUCCCCAUCCCUGGACAUGGUGGUGUCAUUUCUGUACUCGGUGGUGCCUCCAAAACGAGUAGAAAAUGCUUUAGAGAAUGGCAUUUAUGAUUGGAUUUUUGAAAAGGAAGACCAAGGCAGGGGAUACCUGAAUGGCAAGACUUUUUCUGUAGCCUGUGCUUGCAGAUACCUGUGGUACAGCGGAGGCUGGUUUCAUGGACCUCAUGACCAGAAAUAA